CCUGCCCCUUUUCUCUUAAACAGCAGGUCAUGUGCUAUACCUUGCUAACACGGACUGGUGGGUCAUUUGGGGAAAAAGUAGGGGAAAGUUAAGAGUGGGCUCAAAAUAUCACAUACUGCCCCUUUAAGUAUUUAUGUAUGUACAGUAUAUAUGUCUUUAUGUAUCCAUACAAUCACGUUAAAACAGAUCUGACCCUCCAUGUGCUUCUCUAGUUACUCACAAGAGGAGUGUUUAAAAAGUGAAAUACGGCCCAUCCUGCAGUAUUUAUAGCUCAACUAGAAGGGGGUACAGAUCUUCCCACGGGGAAUUCUUGUACGAGCGCAGUCAGUUUCCUAAUAUAUCCGUCCCUCAACCCUGGCACCGCAGCAAACACACCACAGUCAACACACUGCUCGGCCGAGUGAAGAAGUUCUUCUGCGUUCGUGACCGGCACCAUGAUGCGGAGUGCAGCCCCUGCGGAUAUAGAGAUCGACCUCGGGGACGACGGGGACAGCGAGGACAGCACGGGACAGCAGCCGUGGAAGACACAGCUGGAGACGGUCAUGGAGGAAGAGGAGGAGGAGGAGGAGGACGAAGAGGAGGACAUGAUCUCGACGCAGAGCGACACAAGGCCUCUGAUCAACGAGAGAGAUCCCCGAGAGCUGAACGAAUGUCUCAAGGUGAGUUUCGAGGACGUGAUCGCCGAGCCGCUCUCGGUGCGCAGUGGAGACCGGGUGUGGUUCUGGAGCAACGCGCUCUUCGAGGUGUCCCGUGUUUGGAUCUAUCGCAUCGUCACGGCGGUACUCGCGGUUCCGUUUUCUGUCAUCGCUGGAUGUCUCUUCGCGCUUCUCACCUGCCUUCACAUCUGGCUUCUCACGCCAUGUGUAAAGGUAAUCUUCAUGAACACCAACUGGCUGCAGAUGCUCUGGAGCAGCAUUCUGGACAUCUUCGUCCUCCCCGUCUACCACAGCGCCUCCAGGUGCUGCACGAGCAUCAGCGUGCAACUCACGCAGGAAUGAAACACUCUCUCCGGGAACAUUUUCACCUCAGCUGGAGCAGAGACACGGUCACCAGAUGUGGCGUGAUAAUCACAGGGUUCUUGGGACUCACUGUUUUUUGUUUUGGUAUAAGAAAUAACCAGACAGGACUGGUGUGAGAGGGGUUUUUUUUCUUGAAAAAACAAAACAAAACAAAAUGUGCGAUCAGGAUCAGGACGAGAAAAAGUCACGAUCGUUCCGUAUCUGUCGACUUGACAAUAUACAGCACUAUUUAAGUAAAAUCAUCAUCAUUAAAGCAUCAUCAUAAAUCCCACGAUGCACUGCAGUAGGCCGGUGUCUGUGCGCACAGUAUUAUUAGUAAUGAAGAAUUUUACAGUUAUUAAUACUGUGCAUAUUUAAACACUAAGUUUUCUUUAAUACCUGUGUAUUUACACAUAUACAGUACGUGUGAGUAAUAUGAUGGAAUUGACAUGAUAAUCUUGUUUCUCACUGUAGUGUGUAUAACCAAAGCAAGGAAUGAAAACACCUCAUCUUCAAGAUAUUUCAUCCAAACAUUUUUAAAAUUACUUUCCAAUCAUGUGUGCUGUAACUACACGAGUAUUGUAUAUCUGUUACACAAAAUAAUCUCAGACUUUCAGGUUAAAUGAAUCCUUUGAUGUAAUGCGAGGCAAAGUCUUCACAUUUUUUAUCUUAAAUCUGUAUGAUGUUAUAAAAGGCUUAUCCAUCUGUCUCUCUUAAAUUCAAAUAGGGAUACGCUGCAUCUAAUCCCAGCUAUUGAACUGAGUGAAGCACCGUUUGUUUGGCACACACAAGCACAAAUUAUUCUGCACUAUUUCAGGCCUUGAUUAUUCGUUGCGUGCCAUUUUGAUGCUAAUGUGCGGCCACUGAAAGCUGGCAGAGCAGGUCCGGUUGGUGAAAACCUCGAUUUAUAAUUUUUUUCUGCUGAUCAGAGGCCAGUUUUGACACUCAAAAACAAAUAAGAACACAUCAUUAAGAUCAAGGCUCUAGGUUUUAGGGAUAUGGUGUUCUCCAAACCGCUAAAUGAUCACGAUUGUGUACUGUAUAGCGUAUCUGGCUCUUCAGAACAACACCCACUACUGGUGGCAAGAGGGAACUCUGUAAAAGAUAUCGAUCAUCGAUUUUCAUCAUACAAUCCCUUGUGAGGGUUUGAUAAAACCACCGGUUACUACAUUGCUGUUUACAGUGGUAUGAUCCAAUUUAGACUCUCUCUCUGUCAGGGGUUCAGUGUACAUGCGUGGCAUUUGGAAACGACUAUCAGGCAUCUAUAUUUAAUCACAGUUCCUCUGAGAUGUGGUGUAGUUGCCUGGCAAUGAAAACAAAAGUCAGAUUGAAAA